AUGAAAUAUCACUACCCCGUCAACCUGUUUGUCUCAACAUUAAUUGGCCUCCAGGCUGGGCCUUUCUAUCCAAAUGUGCCAGUCACAGUUCCGUUGUGGGUCGCCGUUUAUCUGCGGCAACAGCAAAAAUGUCGCAUCAUCCCGCCUGAUUGGAUGACAGUUGAAAGACUAACCCAAUGCAAAGAUCGAGAGGAAUCGGAUUCCAACUGCACAGACCCACCUCAUCGGCAGUACAUGGAGAUUACUACACUACUGUUACAUCAUGCUCCCGAUGACAUGCAGAAGUUUUUGCGUAAUGUGGUGAACAUGAUGCCCGGUAAUUUUGCUAGCUUGUCAACGCAGGAUCCUUCCGACUCUUCCGGGAAAUUACUUCAGGUAUCAUCAAAACAUCGGUUGUCAGAUCCUCGAUGGCCCUGUUAUCUGUCUGACUGUGUGUCGGAGAAAUGGCUUCCGGAUGACAUAUGUGUUCAGCUAUGGAAUGGACUUGGAGAGAGUCCGACCGUUCACUCGCUAUCGUAUGCCAAGUUUGAAGAGUUCUCCGACAACCUUGCAGCAGUACUUUUCAACCAGUGGAUGAAGUUCAAACUCCACUCAACUGCAAAGCGAAUUGUCGCUAUUUUGUGGCGCCCUCAUAUUCUCACGAGUGUCGCCGUCCAUAGCGUUGUUAAAUCCGGUGCAGCUUUCUAUCCGGUCGCCUACGAGUUUUCCGCGGAUUUGUCCCUACUUGGUGAUCAGCUAAUAGCCGUUAUUUGCUUGAGCAGCUCUGCACCACGUGCUGAAGUGUUUGAAUCUUUUGAUGCUUAUCGCAGCGACUCGGAAAUGUUUCGACGAAGUGAUUGGUGCUUAUUUUUGCGUCGCCCACCCAACGUUCAUCCUCCGUCUUUUUCAUCUGAAAUACCAAAUAACCCCACAUCUUUAUUAGCAUAUGUGAUCACAACUUCCGGGAGCUCUGGUGGUUCAAAGAAGCUAGUAUUUGUAGCCCACAGUUGCUUGACGGCCAAUAUUGUUGAUCUGCAAGGCCGGUUCGGUACAACUGAUGUUGGACAACCAGAGGGCAGGACAGUGCUUUUGACGGCUCCACUGACUUUUGAUCCCAGUCUUGUCCAAAUCUACUUCGCAUUGGCUACCCGCCGAUGUUUGGUUUGCCCUGGCCCAGGAAUAUUGCUUCACCGUGAUUCACUUUUGUCUUUGUGUACGGAGGCUAAGGUGCAGUGGCUGCAGUGCACACCAAGUUUGUUUAUGUCUCAAAGUGCACGUGCACGUGCUAAGCUUCUUGCAAAGCGUGGAUUAUCGAUUAUUCUUGGUGGUGAACCGUUUCCUUGGCUGGCACUCCCCAGGCUUCAAAACGCUGAGGCUGCUGUUUACAGUAUUUAUGGAAUAACCGAAGUUUCCUCCUGGGCAACAAUUUGCCGUGUGGAUCGACAUACUGAUGAUACAGCUAAUCGUUGCGGUUGCCCAGCUCCCAUUCCUGGAUCGACACCAAUCGGUUUCCCCAUGUUGGCCACUGAAUUAAAUCUAGGCGCACCAACCACUCGUCACUCAUACGUGCUCACUGUCUCCAGAAAAUUCGGAGGGUUCGCUGUAUUUAUUAUGAGAGAUGCUUCGGUCACAGAAAAACAAUUCAUCGACGUCGUUGAGACGUUACCUUCGAACGGCCCAUGGUCCACUGGGGAUUUAGUGACCCGUGGCCGUUGCGAACAAUGUCUCUGGUUUGUUGGCCGCACAGACCGCAUGAUCAAACGUUAUGGUCAGCGAAUUUGUUUGGAACAAUUAGAAAUGGCCAUCGUCCAGUGCUCGUUACCAAACGCCGAUGUGUGUUUUUGUACAUGUGACCUAUUCGGGCAUACCGGUCGCCAAGGGUUACUUGCUGUCGUCGGUGUAUCGCCUCAUUCAACUUUAAAGCAAUCCUAUCUUCACCGGGGUCGCCAAAAAUUUCGCUCUCAUAUCAUCAAUCACGUAAAACGGUGUUUCGCCCCCAAUUACGUCCCUUGGUUACCAACCAAGAUUAUAUUUUGUGGACGAGCGCCGUCUUUCUCGCCGCAUGGUAAGAUUCUCCGGAGACCUCGUAACAAAGGUCGUUUGACCGUGACGUAUAUCUGGAAUAGAUGGGCCGCGGCAGCUGGUUCACCGGGACACCAUCUAAACUACGACUCCACUUUUUUUGAAAUCGGUGGCUCUUCUUUGCCGGCUCUGCGUCUAAUCGAGACGCUGGUUCAGCAGUACCCGAACUUAGUUACUUCUAAGGAAAAGCUCCUAACACUGAUUUUUACCGCUGAUUUUCGGAGUUUCGUACAGCAUUUGCUGGAAGCUCGAGAUAGAACACCCAUUCUUGUAGACCUCAGUUCGAGUACCCUGUUGUCCGAGGCUGGAGAAGCUGACCAGCUCAGUUCGACACCGACAAAAUGUACCCAAGCAAUUAAUGGAGGAAACAUUCUACAAGCCACACUGCAUUCAACAAACCAGUUGUUGUUGGAGCUUCAGUGGACUUCUCACCUGGGGAAGUGCGUUGAUGCGCCUGCUUUAAUUGUUUGUCCCACUUCUGGCUCUACUUCAAGUCCAGUUGUCUGCAUUGGAAGCCAUUCAGGUCAGCUGGCUUGUUUUGAUUUAAUUACAGGUGAAAAACAGUGGUGUGCAGAUGGAUCAGUAGUCGGUGGCCGCAUAGAAGCUGGAGCAGCUUACGCUUUAUCAAAUUCAGUCGAGUUCGUAUCUGUGGGUACGCUAAGCGGAAAAUUGUGCACAUUUGAUUUAGCCUCUGGGAUGUUGUUGUGGACUUUUGACACCGGAGGUGCCAUUAAAUCUGCCCCAAAGAACUUACACAGUCGGAAUCUAUUCGUUCUGGGGUCACAUGGACGCGCAAUUCAUGCAGUUGAUGUUCGUUUUCCCCUCCGAGCGACUUGGUCGAACACAUUUGAUAAUUCUCCCAUUGUUUCUGAGAUUUCAUCUUACGAUGAUUCGGAUACGUAUUUGUUGGCAACCAGCUUAGGGGGCACCGUUGGUUGUAUAGAUAUUAGGAAACCAUGUGUGCUUCUUUGGAAGAGUGGUGGUAUGGCCCCAAUCUUUACUAAAGCAACGCUUUCUUGUUUAUCCACAAAUGAGCGUCGGGUAAUGAUAUCAGCUGUAGAUGGGCGGAUGCGCUCGUUUGAUUCCUUAUCGGGACAGCUUGUGUGGCAGUCGACGAUGAGUCUGCUUGAUAAACAAUGUCAGGUUUUCAAGGACCCUCUAUGGGAUCCACACGACCAGGAAUUGCUUGUUGCUUCAAACUGUGGAUUACUCUUCGGGGUCGAGGCGUCCACCGGAACAUCAAAAUGGGUUCUGGAUUGUCGACCUAACGCGACCGGAAACGGACCUACCCAGCUAAAUACCCCUUCAAUAAUCUACGCCUGUACAGAUUCUUCCACAGCCCGGAGAAAAAUAAUCGUAUUGAGCCGAGCUGAUGGUAGGGUCCUAAUCGGAGCGUACCCCAGUGCCGAUGAGACAUCGAGGGACAGCCAUCUACUUUCAACAUACACCUGUUAUCAGCUGCCGAAUCACUCGUUCUCAUCCCCUGUGAUAUGUACAGAACCCGAAUCCAACGUCAUCCGACUGGCGGUUGGGUGUCGCGAUGACAAUUUGUACUGCUUUACCCUGAAGUAA